AUGGAAAAUCAUGCAUUUGCAUCCCUAGCGCAUAUCCGAAUCCUUCUCGUUCCCGUGGGGUCCAUCCCGAGACCAGUCUUCGAAAAGUAUGCUGCAGAAAUUCGAACUUUCGAGCAGAUUAGGCUCGCUGAGCUCACGACUACCAAUAAGGAUGAGCGAGCUAGAUUCAUGCCCAACCCGCUUUCGACUGGACACCUUCAUCUGAGCUUCCCUUCACAUCCGCCACCGCAGUCACAACUUCCAUUGUCCCUCUUCCGAAUAUCCCACUUCCCGCUCGGUGUCAUAGGCAUCUCAUCAUGCUCUGAGGCUGAUGACAUCUCAAACUUAGCCCAGCAAUUCAACACUUUAGUGUCAGAUCUGUUCCCUUCGGGUGGUAUCCACCCAAUGGCGAAGAGUUGCCUCAUUUUCGAAAGCCCUGGGAGUGCUGUUCCUCUCACCCUCGGUGAAAGCAGCCCAGGCGUAGUCGUCAUUCCGAAUAUGAUGGGGAAUAAGAAGGGAUACAUAGGUACUUUGCUAGAAAACCUUUGUUCUCAGAUUUUAGGAGAGUUUGGCGUUUUGGUACAAACCCUUGAAAGUCCACUUGGUAAUGAGUACUUGAACGCGUCGCUGAUGCCCACGCUCCCACCUCGUUCGGAGUUUCUGCCGUUUAUUGAUGGAUUGAAACCGGAUUCACGACCAUCCAUCCCCUCGUAUGACAGCCAACCAGAAAUAUCCAAAUCAGGGUUUACUCUUGGGGCUGCACCAUUAAAGCGCAACAGCUCCGCUGCGACGACGCACACUCAGGCGAGUCCAUCCCACAGACAGUCUCAGUUCGGCCCUCCGGCUGCGUCCAAAAAGCGUGCUAGCGGUAUAGGUGUUGCAUCUUCACAUGGCCGCCUCUUCAAAGUCCUUGGGGAUCUAUUUCUUCUGGCUGGUCGGACGGAGGAUGCAACAGUGUGGUAUGUUACGUAUUCGGAGGCCAUACUUCUCUUCAAGCUUCCCCAAGACACCGCGUGGCACGCAUCGGCUCUAGAAGGAAUGGCCACUAUCCCUGUGCUUGAUGCAUGGGCAGCUGGUAACGGACUCAAUACCUCGACAGCCCCAAGCAAAGAACCGUGGAGCGACACAACGGAAAGACUAACUCAGGCUGCCGCAUUAUAUAGCAAAGCCCCUGCCUCGGACGCAGGUCAUGACUACGGCACUCUCUCGUAUCUCUAUUGUUGCUGCAUACUUCGACACGCCACUCUCUUGUUUGCAAUCUGGUCUGCGAAAGGUUGGGGCGUCCUCGCUUUCACUACCUUGAUCCAGCCUGGCCCUACUCCCUAUCUCCCUCCAACUCUUUCUGCGGGCGCGAAAAAUAGCACCGUCACCCUGGAGCGACUAGAAAUUCUUUCAGGAGUAUCGCGAGCAGCCAUCUCCAAUACACUAGCUCCCGUGCAUGGUCCAUGGCUUCUCCACCUCGGCGCUCGAGAGAGGAUAUCUGUCCUAGAAACAACGGCUGGGAUUUACUCCUGCUUGGGCUACAGACGGAAAGAAGUAUACGUUCUACGCGAGGUCCUCGGGUGCAUAUUGGAUCUAAUUGUGUGUGGGAGAGAAGAGGAUGGCGCAUUCAGAUCCGCAUUACCUUCGAUUCACAGCAAGGACGAUGGGAUAGGUAAUGUGAGCAUGAGGAUAUCAGAGAGCGUCGCGGGCAACACAGGCAUUCUUAGUCUUCUCAAAUAUGUAUGUAGUGUGCUGGGCAUCAAUCUCGAAGCCGUCCGCCUCUCUGGCAGCGAAGAUGGGGAAGCACAAGUGGAAGGGGAAGAUUCUAAACCGACGUCAAGCCAGGCUUACGACGAGGACAUUGCGGAGGACCUUCAGGAACCAUUCGGGUUGCCCGAGCUCCAAGUUGGAGUCAUGCGCGAAGCAAUUGCUGUCGCUGAAGCUUUACCUGACCAUAUUUCCGUCGCGCAGUUCGCGUUCUCCGCUCUGAAGACAUUGCAAGCCAUUCUUAGUCCCGGUGAUCAAUAUCAUCUGUACUCUACCGCCUCUCGAGCAAUCACAACGGCCCAGCGUCGGGGCGACCCUCUUACACUUGAAUUUUGGUCUGGAAGACCUGUAAUUAGCAUCACAAUAUCACCUCUCCCACUCAUCCGCGUCCCAGUGGAGAAGCCCAUAUCUGCAUUGUCAACUCGAGCCCAAUCUGCCAACGCUAUCAUAACAGGAAGCAAAGACCCGUUCUUGUACAACCCACGAAGGGGAGUCGAGCAAGGGCAAACGUUAGUGGUGCAGCACGAAGAACUCGAGUUUAUAAUUGUUUUGCAGAAUCCGUAUGUAUUCGAUCUUGAGCUUCAGUCUGUAGUGCUUAGCACUUCAGGGGUGCCCUUCGAGACGCAACCAACUCGCGUCGUUAUUCCAGCUGCAGCCUUUCACCAAGUUGUCCUUACCGGAAAGCCCCUCGAGACUGGUAGUCUCACCAUCCGGGGUUGCAUAGUACAGGCGCCUGGCGGCGCUCCCCGCGAAUUCAUAUUACCACUAGCGACCGAGGCGGAGGAAGUCAGACUGUCGCAGAAACGCAGCGUCAUUGUGUGCGAAACGGAACGUGCGAAGUACUCUGGUCUCGAUGCUAGACCUUGGGAGAAGCUACAUAGGAGGCACCAAAGCAAGCCCCAAACCUCUGAGACCGUCUUCAAAUUCCUCGAGUGUAAAGUCGUUCAAGAACAACCUUUGCUCCGGAUACGAAGGACGUCAGUGACGCACGGCGCCAUAAUGCUUUACGAGGGCGAAAAGUCUUCCCUCCGGAUGACGUUGGAGAAUGUAUCAUCUCUUCCCGUGGAUUUCCUGCGCCUGGCAUUUGAGGACUCUACAAUGACGGCUGCGCAACAAGCGCUCACUGAAGGGGAAAUGUCGAUAUUCGAGACCUAUGAAACCGAGUACGAACUUCUCCACAAUCCUCUUUUCACUUGGUCAAGCAAGUCGACUAUCAACAUUAAACCGAACAAAAAGCACGUCCUAGCCGUCGAUUGCUUUGGUAAAGGCGGAUGUACAUAUGGCACUAUCCAUAUAUCCUAUGGCUGUAUACAUCGCUCGGCACUUGAUGUGCCUGACCCACCAAAGGUAUUCCAUACGCGGCAGAUAUCGUACCCGAUUAUGGUUACGGUAUACCAAAUGCUGGAUUGCUACAACAUGGAUAUCUUGCCGUACCAUUCUUCAUAUCGAACACCUGGAUCCUCGGGGGACGCUGGAUGGUGUUUGUUCUCCGUGGAUGUGCGGAACACCUACGGCGUGCCGUUCGAGGUGACUUUUGAACGAUCACAAGAGGACACCGAUCCCGAGUCGACCACUACUAUCAUUUCACCAGGCUCCACUGCGAGGAUCGUACUACCGUUGAAGAAGAUGUUCCUCUCGCAAGAACAUGUUUCUCGCGAGAUCCCUACUCUUUCUGACAGGCAGUUCAUCGUCUCGAAGUCGAAGUUAUCUUCAGAAGAAGAGUCGAUGAACCGGGCGUUGUUCUGGCACCGUGAAGAGCUAUUCAAGUGCGUGCAAGGACGAUGGCGGGAGGCCUCUGGGACGCGGCAUGGUACCCUUUCGCUAAGGAAGCAACGGAUAUCACUGCACAUGUUGGAUACACUACGAAUGCAGAAGGCGACCGUUCAACUGUCCAUCAUUCAUCGCACGGAAGACGGCGAUGAGCGGCAAGUUCGGUAUCAAGACAACGUCUUCUAUCCCCCAAUUCACGAGUUCGUGUACCUCCAAGGAAAAGUCACCUCCCUCUCGCCCACACCGGAAAUCUUCGUGCUGGACUUCGACCUGCAUCCCUUCCAGCAUGUCAUUUACGAAGGAGUACUCACUUCCGUACCAAUUGGCAAGCUGAAGCAAGGAGAUUCCCGGGAAGUCUUGCUGCCCAUUUGCUUUCUGUGUUCUGGAAGGUUUGACAUCCGAGCGCAAGUCGGGAUGAUCGACAGUGGCACGUCUGAAAGGGGAGUAAGCUACGGUUCACUUACUGCGAUUCUCGGCAAGCCGGAUUCUUGA